CGAAAUGAAGAUUCAACCUUUGAAGACCUUUAAGCGCAGUUUCUGACUCAAAAGCCAACUUUACUUUCUCAAGAAAAAUCUCCCCUACACAGAUCCACUCCAUAGAGACAAAUGCUAAAUGGCCGCUUAAAAUAAUCCAAUCUUGAUAAAAAAAAAAAAAAGUGUUCGAGCUUCUUGCGAUUUCCAAAAAACGACAGCUUUCUAAAAAUGUCCCACUCAGAAGCCCAAUUCGGCAGCCGCGCUCCCGCUCCUCCCGCCGCCGGCUGCGGCGGCGGCGAAACGGAGGAGGACGGAAGCAUUUGCUUGCAGGACGUCGAAACUGGUGGGGCCAGCGAAAACAAGGUUAAUUUCGGGAAACUUGAGGGAGAUUGUAGGAUUUGCCAUUUGAGCCUGUUUAGCAGCAGCCCAAGUUGUUCUGGGCCCGCAAUUCAAUUGGGCUGUGCUUGUAAGGAUGAUUUGGCAGCGGCCCAUAAGCAUUGUGCUGAUACUUGGUUCAAGAUUAGAGGGAACAAGACAUGUGAAAUCUGCAAUUCAGUUGCAGAAAAUGUCGUGGGCCCCACCGACGACUUCGAUUUUGCACAAGAAGCCAGUGAAUCCAGCAUUAAUGAAGAUGAAUCGGGACAGUCGAAUGCAGGGGUUCGAAGAUGCUUAAACGGGCACCGUUUAUUGAAUAUUUUGCUCAGUUGUCUCGUGUUUGCUUUCGCCAUAUCAUGGCUGCUCCACUUCGGUAUACCUUCAUAGCUAAUGAUUUCAAGAAUUGGAAAAAUGUAAUAAUUGUUCAGUUAAUCAUAUGACAAUAAAUUUUGAAAGCUCGUGACCAAAUCAAGAUGCCGUGGCUAUAAUUUUAUUCGAUAAAAAUAAUUUCAACUUACGAAAAAAGCUAGUGUUUUUGAAUUUUUGAGGUGAACUCUUUUGGACCUUUUUAGUCAUGUUCAUUGACACUCUUUGGAAUGAUUGGUAAUGGUAUGAAGAGUGAGUGAUGUUAUUAUUUGCAUAAACGACCCAAAGAUCGAUCUAAUUAACUGCCGUAUCUUUAUUCAUUUAUUUAAAGCUAAUUUUGACCAUUUUGGUAAAAUUUGGAUAUUCAUUUAUGCCAUUGAAGAUUGUACCUUUGACUCCUAAUAGUGAUUGCCUUUCAUAAAGCUAAUCUCCCUUCUGCUUUUGAAGGAGAACAGGUUCUUCUAUGGCUGCUUUUUC